CCCGCUCGCCCCGCCCGGGGUUCGCCGGUGCCCUCCCGUGGCUCCGGGGGGCGGGAAGAUGGGAGGGGUGAUGGAAGAGUUGGGGGUGGGGAGGGUCAAGUCUCGGAUUCCCGGGCGGGAUCUCGGGUCCGCUUGCGGACUGGGUUUGGAGAGGCUUCCAGAGGAGGCGCCGAGUCCGGCCGCCGCGGGGUGGAGCUUGAGUAGACCCGAGGGGCCAAGUCCGGUGGGGGGAUGGCAGCUCUCGGAAGCUCCGAAUUGCCGGAGGGCGGAGAUUGACGUACGGUGUGGGGAAGCCUUGGGAAGCAGUCCCCUGCCGCGGGUGCGGUUUGGUUAAAUGAUAACGGGGGUGGAGGUGGGGGACAUAGAACCACAUUUUCUUCCCCACUUGCAGAAACUUUAAUGAUGGAGGAGUAGAUAAGCUUUGGGGUGAAGUUUGCUGAGGGUUGAAUUUAGGGGAGAAGUUGCUUAGAAGAUCAAGGCCCUUAUAUUGGGAUAGGGUUUGAAUGAAUUGGGGAGAUGGUUAGGACCUAGAACUCAGGUUACAAAAAGGUAAGACUUGGGAUUUGGUUAUGGGAAGGGGCACUGGAGGGAACUUUGGGACAGCCGGGUUUCAGAACAGUAUGUGCCCUAGGGUGGAGUGUGGGUAAUGGGACAGAGGAAUAAGGACUGGGAGAGUUUGAUGGGGUGGGGGCAGGAGCCUGUUGGAGUUAAGUUGGCCAGCGAGCCAGCCCCUCAUGGGUUCUUUGUACCUCUCCAGCUCAGUAAGGUGGCAGGCAAGGCAGGUGCCAUGGCCUUGAUUGAAGGGGUGGGUGAUGAGGUGACCGUCCUUUUCGCGGUGCUUGCCUGCCUUCUGGUGCUGGCUCUCGCCUGGGUCUCAACACACACUGCGGAGGGUGCCGACCCACUGCCCCAGCCGUCGGGGACUCCAGCAGCAGCACAGCCCAGUGAAGCCAUGGCGGUCACCGGCAGCAUCAGAGGGGAGGCCCCAGGAGCCGAGACCCCCAGCUUGAGACACAGAGGUCAGGCUGCACAGCCAGAGCCUGGCGUUGGGCUCUCAGCGACGUCGCCAUCGCAGGACUCCCCCCAGGAGCCCCUCGUGCUGCGGCUGAAAUUCCUCAAUGAUUCAGAGCAGGUGGCCAGGGCCUGGCCCCACGAUACAAUUGGCUCCCUGAAAAGGACCCAGUUUCCCGGCCGGGAACAGCAGGUGCGACUCAUCUACCAAGGGCAGCUGCUAGGAGACGACACCCAGACCCUGGGCAGCCUUCACCUCCCGCCCAACUGCGUUCUCCACUGCCACGUGUCCACACGCGUCGGUCCCCCACACCCUCCUUGCCCACCGGGGUCAGAGCCAGGCCCCUCCGGGCUGGAAAUCGGCAGCCUGCUGCUGCCCCUGCUGCUGCUGCUUCUGUUGCUCCUCUGGUACUGCCAGAUCCAGUACCGGCCCUUCUUUCCCCUGACCGCCACUCUGGGUCUGGCGGGCUUCACCCUGCUCCUCAGUCUCCUGGCCUUUGCCAUGUACCGCCCGUAGUGCCUCCACGGGCUCUCGGAAGCGUUGCUGGCCCCUCUGGACCUUGCUCCCCACGACACAGUGGGCACUGUUGUCUACCCAGGCCCACCUCUCCGGCCUGCCUCUUCCCGCUACCCUGGAGCCCAGCCCUGCGCAGCAGAGCGCUCCGGGAGUCGGCUGAGGUCCCCCCUUGUGACCUCCAUGCCUCUGGGCCACCUGCUGGGGCUGCUGGCCCUCGGUCCC